AUGCACAACGCGUCGUCCUCGGAGCGGGAGCCCUCCAACACCUCGUGCCCCGGCCUCGCGCUGGGCUGCCCCAACGCGUCGAGCCCGCCGCCGCUGCCGCCGCAGCCGCUGGCCGUGGCCGUACCAGUUGCCUACGCGGUGAUCUGCGUGGUGGGGCUGACGGGCAACUCUGCGGUGCUGUACGUGCUGCUGCGGACGCCCCGCAAAAAGAAUGUCACUAACCUUUUUAUCCUCAACCUGGCCAUUGCCGACGAGCUCUUCACGCUCGUGCUGCCCAUUAAUAUUGCCGAUUUUCUGCUGCGACAGUGGCCUUUCGGGGAGCUCAUGUGCAAACUGAUCGUGGCUAUUGACCAGUACAACACCUUCUCUAGCCUCUAUUUCCUUACGGUCAUGAGCGCAGACCGCUAUCUGGUGGUGCUGGCCACCGCGGAGUCGCGCCGGGUGGCGGGCCGCACCUACGGCGCCGCGCGCGCUGUAAGCCUGGCUGUGUGGGGGCUUGUGACGCUGGUGGUGCUGCCCUUCGCGAUCUUCGCCCAGCUGGAUGAGGAGCAGGGCCGGCGUCAGUGCGUGCUGGUCUUCCCCCAACCCGAGGCUUUCUGGUGGCGGGCGAGCCGCCUCUACACUCUCGUGCUCGGCUUCGCCAUCCCGGUAUCUACUAUCUGUAUCCUCUAUAUCACCCUGCUGUGCCGGCUUCGUGCCAUACGCCUCGACAGUCAUGCCAAGGCCCUGGACCGGGCUAAGAAACGGGUGACUCUUUUGGUGGUGGCGAUCCUGGCUGUGUGCCUCUUCUGCUGGACGCCCUACCACCUGAGUACCGUAGUGGCGCUCACCACCGACCUCCCGCAGACGCCGCUUGUCAUCGCGGUCUCCUACUUCAUCACCAGCCUGAGCUACGCCAACAGCUGCCUCAACCCCUUCCUCUACGCCUUCCUGGACGACAGCUUCCGCAGGAGCCUCCGCCAGCUGCUGGGUUGCCGCACCACAGCUUGA